UCGAAACACCUUUGGCCGGGAAUACCCCGACACAACUGGUCCUCCGCUCGCCGGCGUGUUUCCUCCCGCGGCAACUCCUCCGCCCCACUGGUCGGCCGGCGAGCACGCCACUUCUACGGUCUGUUCGCUCACAUCUACCCCGCACCGGUGGCUCCCAGAUCCCACCCCACCUUUGCCUCAACCUUGCAAGCUCUGCAAAGCGACUCGAAUAGUUGAACUAAGCGGCGCCGGCAGAGUAACUGAGGUCGGCGUGGCAACUUCCCCGAUCGGCCGUCCCGCCGGUGAGCUGCUACUUUUGGUAAGUCCCCCAUCCCCCCUACACACACACACACACUACUCUUGAUUACACGAGAAACGGAACACUUCUCUAACCAGCACGCCCGUAGGGUGCUUGCGCAAAUGCCACUUCGGCACAUGCUUCUCCAAGCGCGGCAGCGCUGGCCUCAGCCGCCUCCAAAGCUCCCCGAGCUCCUGCAUAUCUUCCGCUCGCUCUCUAUUCUACCAUCUGGAGCCUCGGCCACACCGCCCUGCCGCUCUCCUGCGCAAAUUCAGCUGCCCCAAACCUUGCCUUGCUCCGAUGCCAACCCACUUGGCGCGGGCUUCCACAUUGAUGUUGUCGACGACGACCUCUGGCCCGCUUCCUUCGGCUUCUCCUCGGAUCCCACGCCGGGUGACCAGUGUCUUGAUACCUUCCAAGAACAUGGAGAAGAACACAUGCACGAUUCGGAUGAUGAGAUAGAUGACAUGAGGCACCGCAAGCAGCUGUUCUACAAGCUGGACAGGGGGUCCAAGGAGUUUGAGGAAUAUAACUUGCCCUUGCGCCGCAGAUGGAAGAGAGAUAAACCCAAUGCCAAUAAUCCAUCCGAUUGCGAGAAGGUGGAACCUGACAAGCCAGCUCGUUUGAAGGUCCCAAAGCUGAAAGCAGAGCCUGCAGUGCAUAAAGAUGACAUAGUUGAGUUGAAGAGGGACCGAGUCCCAACUUUUAACCAGAUGACUGAUCCUUACCACCACCCUUUCUGCCUGGACAUACAUGUCUCCAAGGGGUCGGUACGUGCUUGCUUCGUUCACCGAGUGACCAGCAGGGUUGUGUCGGUCGCCCACUCCAUAUCAAAGGACAUGAAGUUUGAUCUGGGUUCAAGGAAGGGCAUCAAGGCAUGUGUGGCGGUUGGGGCGUUACUUGCGAAGCGUGCGAUAGAGGAUGAUAUUCACAAUGCAAUUUAUACACCUAGAAAAGGGGACAAAAUCGAAGGAAAAAUUGAGGUUGUGUUGCGUGGAAUAAUUGAGAAUGGAGUCGAUGUGAAGGUGAAACUCAAACAAAGGAGGAAGCUAACAAAGAAUGCGCCGGUGGUGCAACAGGGCGGUGAGUCUCGGUGACAGCUCAAGGGUUGGCCAGCAUAUAUAACCCUUGAUGGCAUGAACCCAAUGCUGCAGGGUCCAUUUUAUGUCAUCACGGAAGACAAACCAUGAGAUGUAGAACAGCUGAAGGGCAUCUGGGCAUCCUGUUUCAGAUCUUAGCAUUUGUGCCCCCAGGAACUCGCUGCUCUGCCUCGCUGUCUAUGCUCUGCAGUUUGUGACAAGCUUCCAGUUCCGUGUGUCUUGUCUUUGGCCUGCUUCAUGGCAUCAGCAUUCGAAAUUGGAGCACAUGAAAUGCCGCAGUUUGGUAGAUGUCCGUGCUUUGUGGCAGGCUUCUAACGGCUUUUCGCCGUUCUUUUACAUUGUCGCUUGCUCAAGUUCAGAAAUGUAACUGAGAUCCCGGGCUGUAUCUGACUUUUUUCUCUCUUGGAAUGAACUUCUCCAUUUGCACCAA